AUGAGGCAAAGCAACAAAUUAGUGGUUAUACUCUGUGCUUGGGCAUUUUUAGAUUUGACAUCGGCACAUGCACCCAAAUUGGUGUUAGCCAAGCAUGGCUUAGCCCGUUCGGCUGGGGAGGCAAAUGACAAUGGCGGGCAAUUUAUUAUCUACUCCCACAAUGAUAUGUAUCCUCAGAAGAGGGAGAAACCCAAAGAGCCGCAGAUUGUCGAAGAAGAAGAUGAUGUAGACGAAGAAGUUGAGGAAAAGGAAAAAGAUGGACGAAAAAUGCCCGAUUAUCUGUAUUCCAACGUUAUACCCAUGAAUACGGAUAAUAAUGUGAGGAUUGUUAUACCUCAAAUGAAUUAUCCGAUGUUUGGCAUGGAGAAUCGUGGUGCUUACAAGCAGGAUACCAUGCAGCCCAGUAGCAACUAUUAUAAUCCUACCCGUUUAACUGUUCCCAAUUCAAAUUUACAAUUUGGUGUUAAUUUAAAUGGCAAUGCUGGCUUUGGUAAACUACCAUCAAUUGGCGAUAAAGAGGCGGGCAUACAAACAAUGCAAGCUGCUGCUAUUUUGCCCAUAGUUAUUCCUGGCCAACCAGGUCCGCCAGGUCCACCAGGACCUCCAGGCCCUCCGGGACCUAUGGGUAGACCAGGUCCAGCUGGCAGGCCAGGACAUACGGGACCUCCAGGUCCGCCGGGGCCUCAGGGUCCCCCAAAUGCAAAUGCCAACAAUUAUCCGAAUGGCAUUUGGUAUAGGCGUGACAAGCCAGUUGUAAGUCCACCUCAAAACAAUUAUAACAGCGAUGAAUAA